CUCUUGGCUGUGAUUGGUCCGCGAACGACAUAAUUUCCCUACGACGUCAUUUCCGGAUUUCACAUUUCCGGACCUCAAACUUCCUGCUUGACAAUAAACCCAAACACAACUACGAUUCUACGAUUAAUGUGACGUUAAGCCAGCGGAGUUGUCGGGCUACCGGUGGCACUGACGGCAUGUGUGCACGGUCACUUCCAGUUAUAAUGAGCUUUCAAAACGGCGCUAGCGGGCUAGGCUAGCGGGCUAGCCACCAUGCCAACUGCGGUGGUAGCAGUGCAAAAACCCGCGACUUUAAUUCCACUUCUAUCAUGACACUGUUUCUAUAAUACCGUCAGGUUAGAAGCAAACACUGGGUAGUAGUUAGUGUCGGGAGUCCCUGCUGACUUUGUGUGGAAGCUGGGGUUGAAGCUAGCUGGGAGGGAAGCUAGCUAGCUCCGUCUAGCUUCAAGCUACACGGAGCUUCAAGCUGUGGAAUUAGCAACACAGUUUGGAAACAAGACCGGGGAACGGUCACUCUCGUCUUUUGUCUUGGUUUAAGCAUUGCUGCCUUUGUCUGCCGUGACUCUCCGGUCGCUGGUCAGACUGGGAGCUAUAAGUACAGCAUCUCCUGACGUCUCCUGGUUGUACUGAAAGCACUAAGGCUAGGUGUUGAUGUGCUUGUGAAAAGCUCUUUGUGAGAGAUCAUCAGACUCACAUGUUUCAUUUUCCAGACUUUGUACCACAAAGAUAAAUGAAAUGCUGUUGCUUAGCAGACUCGUGGAUGUUAAAACAGCAUGUUUUCCUUCUUUUCGGAUAAUGGAUUCCUUUAUUUUUCACCAAUAAAAAGUUUGGGCCACUGAGGGGAUGUUGGGGAGAGGAUCUGGAUAGAUCAGUGUUUUCCGCCAGAUGACAAAUGCAUGUUUAUCUACAAAUGUAAAAGCACCAUAGUGGCUUUAGUAAUUGUCUUUGUGAGGUAUAAAUUGAGAAGUAUCUGAGAAGCAUAAAGUCAGGUGUCGGACAAAGUCCUUGAAGAAUGGUUCGUCAGAACAUUGGACUGACCUCUGUUUGUUUUGCUACUCAUAGGAACACUUAUUCACGAGAUGCUGCUAUCAAUUGUAUCUGGAGGAGGAAACAACCAAUAUGUGAUUGAGUCUUUGGGCAUCAUGAUCUACAAGGCUCUGGACUACGGACUAAAGGAGAAUGAGGAGAGGGAGCUCAGUCCUCCUCUGGAGCAACUCAUCGACCUCAUGACCAACAUUGGCGAGGCCACAAAGGACGCCUGCCCUGACGAAGGUUAUGAGGCCACAGAGGAGGAGGACGAGGCAGAGGAUGAUCCUGAUAGUGUCUACACUGUUCAUGGUUACAGAGAUAUCCUCAAGCUGUGUACGACUCACCUACCCAACCUAUCAGAUGCCCCCAAUCACUACCAGGCAGUGUGUCGGGCUCUGUAUACAGAAACCAGGGAGCUGCACACUUUUCUGGAGAAGAUCAGGAGUGCCAAAGAGAACCUCCGUAAAAUGGAGGCGGAGUCUUCAGAGGAAUCCAGCGGUGACUUGAAUGAACUGCAGAACACUGACUGGGCUCGGUUCUGGGUCCAGGUGAUGAGGAACCUGCGUGACGGAGUCAAGCUAAAGAAGGUGCAAGAGCGCCAGUUCAACCCUUUGCCAAUCGAGUACCAGCUCACUCCCUAUGAGAUGCUCAUGGAUGACAUCAGGUUCCAACGUUUCAAGCUACGCAAAGUCAUGGUGAAUGGAGACAUCCCACCCAGGUUAAAGAAGAGUGCUCAUGAAGUCAUCCUGGAGUUCAUCAGGUCCAGACCACCUCUCAACCCUGCGUCAGCUCGCAAGCUGAAGCCACAAACUCAGCUUCCUCCAACCCUGCAUGAGCGGAUCCUGGAGGAAAUCAAAGCAGAGAGGAAACUGCGACCUGUGUCCCCUGAUCAGGUCCGCAGAGGAAGGCUGGAUGAGUUUAGUCCGUACAUGGGCAGAAGGACAUCCAGCUCUCUGUCUCUGAGCAACGGAACAGCUUCUCCAAGACCAGAGCUCUCCGGAUGUCACUCUGCACCUCCGAGGAAAAGGCUCCUGAAGGCUCCCAGCCUCGCCGAGCUUAUCAGCUCAGACUCUGAUGACAGUGACGAGAUUUGUGGGCCCAUAUCAGCCAGCAGCUCCAGUAUGGCCACAUCUGUGAUGGAUGAUACAUCGCCGGAGUCGGUGCUGGGGAAGAAAACUCCCCCCAUGUUCCUUCCAAUCUCCUCCACACCUCAGCCAGAGAGGCGUCAGACCCCCCAGAGGAGACACUCCAUCGAGAAGGAAACCCCGACCAACGUGCGACAGUUUCUGCCACCUUCCAGACAGAGUUCCAGGUCUCUGGAGGAGUUCUGUUUCCCUGUGGAGUGUCUGUCUCUAACAGUGGAGGAGGUGAUGCACAUCAGACAGGUGCUGGUCAAGGCGGAGCUGGAGAAGUUCCAGCAGUACAAAGAAAUCUACAUUGCUAUGAAGAAAGGAAAGCUCUGCUUCUGUUGUCGAUCCAAAAGGUUUUCCCUUUUCACCUGGUCUUACAUCUGCCAGUUUUGCAAAAAGCCUGUCUGCUCACAGUGUUGUAAAAAGAUGCGGCUACCAUCCAAACCUUAUUCCAGUUUGCCCAUCUACUCCAUUGGCUCGACCAAAACACUCCCGAGGGAGAGGAUAACUUCCAUGGCUGCUGUGGGACAAGGACUCACUGUGGACGAACGGCCGGGGAUGUCAGUGGAGGAAGCGGUUGGGCCGUCCCCUGUUGUGAAAAAGGCAACAAUAGGAUCACCUAAAGGAGCUGCAAAACCUGCUGGAGCAGCAGCUGCUGCAAAAUCGGAGAGAUCCUCCAGUAGCCCGCAGCGCCACAGCAUCCAGAAGACCAUGUCCAAGUUUUCAAAGCACGGUUCUUUAAAGUCUCACGAAGAACUUGAACUCCCCUCGGAGCUGACGGAGGACUGGGCCACCAUGGAGGUGUGUGUGGACUGCAAAAAGUUUAUCUCCGACAUAAUUGCCUCAAGCAAGCACAGCCUGUCUCUUGCCACCAAGAGGGCUCGCUUAAAACGCAAGACCCAAUCCUUCUACUUGUCCUCUCCUCGAGGAGGGGAGGAGUACCGGCCCUCUGAACGAACAAUCAACGAGAUCUGAAACUCUUCAUUCAUCUCCCUGGCUGCUCUCAGCUCAGAUUGCACAAUUAGAACACUCCCUGGAUAUGAUGAUUAUUGUACAUGUGUAAUUCAGUAAGAUUAAGCUCUCACAGUGGCUGGCGUGAACCUUAGUCUUAGACAGUGUGGUCUUGUUGCUGUGUCCUGAUCAUCGUGUACAGCUCCCCCAGACAACAGCUUACUGUAGAUUUAUUUUUCUUUAUCAUAGAUGAUCCUUUAAACUCUGACCACAGACUUUUAACUUAAAAGGCAAGAACAAUGCAGUUUGAACUCCAUCCUGUCUGCUCGCACAAAAGCAUGGUCCACCCCAACUCACAUUUCAAAUCAACAAGCACAAGACAGAAGAAGGACCGGUGUGUGACGUCCUCAGGCACUUGCACUGCAGGAGACACAGACAUCAUGUUGUGAACUAAGGGUGACACAACAGAAACUGUGGAAUAUCAAACUGUUAGAUUUAUAUGGGUUUCAAAUUAGGUUUUUUUCCACACAUGUAUAUAUACAGUAAAUGAAUGUUCGAUAAAGGACACCAAUUGUUUUUGGAUUUGUAGCUUUAUUUUUCUGAUGAAGCUUUUUUGUUUCCUAUGUUUUACAAAGUAUCACUGUUCUUUAGGAAAAAAAACAUCACGUAUUUUAUUAUGCAUCACAUCUAGAAAGAUCCUCUGUCAUUAAUGCAGAAUUAGUGCCAAAUAAUACUCCUUUCUCCUCAAUCUUACACCUGCUGUGUGUUUGCAGUGAACUUGCAACAAACUGGGCCAACCCCUGGUUGUUAAAAAUGUGGUUCCAUUCCAAAUCAGAUGCAUUUCUCUAUGUUAAAUAUUCAAGCUACAGAAGCUAUGCUCAAAGCAAAGGUUUUUUGAAAAACACCCUUAAGUAUGUUUCAGUAAGAGCUUAACUCUCAAACUCAGCUAAUGUGCGUCAUCAGUACAAUGCGGCUGUGGCUUGUGUCAGAUUUGUUUACCAGUGUCCUGGCAAUGUAAAUGGGCAGGGUUUGGGUAAAUAGACUGUAUUUAUCUAGCACUUUUCAAGUCUUAUCUACCACUCAAGGUGCUGUACUGUACAAUUCACAUACAUUCAUUCACACAUUCAUUUCUAUACAUACCAUUCUUAAAGUCCCGUCAGGAGUCAAUUGGGGUUCAGUAUCUUGCCCAACGACAUUUUGGGAAUGCAGGCUGCUGAUGAAGCCUUGGAUCAAACCACUUCCCCUCUGGUUAGAAGACGGCCCUCUCUACCUCCUUAGUUCCUAGGGUUGGGGAUUGGGUGGUGUAACAUGAACAAGUGAGGCACUUGUAAGAGACACUUUAAAAAAUAUGGUAAAAACUGACGCACUAGGGUCUAAGAUUCUGUAUCUUUUAGUGCAUGUAGAGGUCAAGCUUUAAAACAGCUUAAUAUCCCAAAAUGCAACUCAACAACAAUAUUUAAUAUUACCCAGCAGUAGUGAGUAACUUCAUGUGGAAAAUUGUUGCAGUGCCCCCUAUAUGAGAAAACAACCCCACAACUAUCAUCUGAUUUGUGUUGCUAAAUCCUUACUGAUCAAAGUACAUGACAUCACCUUUUUCCAACUGAGCCCCGCCUACUUCAAGCCAGUGAUAUGAAAAGCACAAGACAAAAAUAAAAUACUGUCGGAUCCCAUCACAAACAGAAGGCCGCUGAUUCAGAAAAUAGUUUUUCUGUCUUUUAAUAUUGCCUAACCAGACAUACAUAACAGAAAUAUGAAGUAUGUUCAUUUAGGAUCAUUAUUUUCUGUAUUUGUGUCUCUCAGAUGUGCAUAGAACCACAAAAAGAAACAUUAUUAUCUGCAGUACCAUGUAUAAUUUUUCAGACUUGCCUUUUAAUCAUUUAUAUGAAACAUCUGCAUAUUUUUGCAUUUUUCUUAAAUAUAUCUUUACAUUGAUAAAUGUUAACUCCAUUAUUAGACUCCUUACUUGCGUUAUCAUGUAAAAAAAACACUGCAUUUGUAUGUGUUUGAACUGAUAUACAUUUAAUGAACCCCAUCUGUCAGUACAAACAUAUGUUUCAUACAUACAAUAAGUGGUAAUAUAAUGCAUUUAUGAUUUCCCUCCAUCAUCCAGAGUCUCAUAUAGGCAGGAUUAAUUACCUUGAGUUGUGGCCUGGAUCCAUUUUACCCUUCAUCACAUUCCUCCUGUGAUAUUUCUGCCUUAAAAUGAGCCUUUUUUUAUGGUCACUGUCACAUGUUGAACAGUUAUCUACUGUUACCGUACAUACUUUGUUAAUGAUGGUUUUUUGGUAGGUCAGGUCUGUGUUGAUCCGGUGAUAUCUCAACAGUGUGUUCAGUUCGGUGUGAUGGGGAGUGUUGGAGGUCCAGGGGGGGAGAAAAUAAACUCACAGUGUGACAGACGGCAUCAUGCAUGUACUACAGUGUAGCUUGUACCUUAAAGUCUGUAUUACCUUUAAGCUGUAACUCCCUGCAGAGUUUGCAACAGAUGAUGACUACAACAAUAAACUAAUGGAAAACCUGUCAA